AUGCGGCGAGACUUACGCAACUUUAAUACUGCUCGUAUAAAAGAAGCAAUCGAGCGGAACCAGGGCUCCAAAGUCUUUGCCAGAGAUCUGUCCGCCAGAAAGAGCCAACUGUCAAAGCUGAAGACUGUCAGCAUCGUUUCCGGGACACCUGAGAUUUUGAUUGAGAUUGAGAGGUUCUAUGGGCAGCUGUACACAUCAUCGUGGGAGCCAAGAGCAAGUCUUAUCCGACACUAUUCCUAUGAUAUCCUGGACGUCAGUCUGUGCGAGAUUAGAAUGGCUCUCCAGCACCUUAAAAACGGCAGGGCCCCAGGCGAGGAUGGAAGUACAGCGGAGCUCCUGAAAGCGGGUGGAACACCGGUACUUGAAGUCCUUCAGAAGCUCUUCAAUUCCGUCCUCCAUGGUGGCACUACUCCGGAGGCGUGGAGCAGAAGUGCAGUGGUCUUGCUCUUUAAGAAAGGCGACAAUGCUCUCUUGAAGAACUACAGACCGAUUUCCCUUCUGAGCCGCGUCUACGUGCUGUUUUCUAGAGUCAUUACGAAUCGUCUCGCACGCAGACUCAACGACUUCCAGCCUCCCGAACAAGCCGGUUUCCGAAAAGGCUUCAGUACCAUAGACCACAUACAUACCCUGCGGCAGAUUGUACAGAAGACUGAAGAGUACAAUCUGCCACUUUGCCUGGCUAUGUGGACUAUGAGAAAGCCUUUGAUUCCGUCGAAAUUUGGGCGGUGCUACAGUCCCUUCAGCGGUGCCAAGUUGACUGUCGGUAUAUCGAAGUGCUGA